AAUAAUAAGGAUAAAGAAGUCUGUCCUAAUAUUUGGCUUUUCUUACAUCCAAACACAACUGGGCGUGAUAAUGUACGUGAAGAUUCAUUGCUCUCGAUAAUGUAUUGGAGUCAUAACGUACGGAAAGGAGACAAAACAAGUUCAAUACACAGCGCAUGGGGCACUCUUGGGUCUUCGCCUAUGUGUGUUUGGGUGUAAAGGGUGCUGACGUGAACGCUAUUCGAUGGUGUUGCGUACGCCCAGACACGGGAGGUAGAGCCUCUUCUCCGGGCGUACGCCACUCGGGUACUUUCAAAAAAAAAAAAAAAAAAAAAACGAAAAGGAAAAAGAAGCCUGUUUUCUUCCUCUCAGAGAAACGCUUUUCCACUCGUAGGGGCAGCAAUUUCACUGCUCCCGUCGGACAACGACGACUUUAAGCAGCAGUAGAUUUCAUUGCUACAGGUUCUCUCUCUCUCUUUCUCACAGAGAAACUUGUUUUCUUCCCAGAGGGCGGCGAACAGAACAAGCGAAUCAACUGAGUUUAGUUUCUCCUCAUCUUCUUACUUUUCCAGUUCUUUCCUCCACUGAAAUGGGCGUUGUGCACUUCUUGUUUGCGAUUAUCGAGGAACUUCAAGUUGGAACUUAUCUGAGAAUCGGGUUUCUUCAAGUAUAGGGAACUCGACUAAUCUUCUUAAAGUUAAACCAAGCACGAAGGAGAGAAAACUAUGGGAGAUGAAGGCAUUGGUCUAGAUGUUGAGAAUCAGCCUAUCAACCAAGAAGGAGAGAAAGCUAUGGGAGAUGAAGACAUCGGUCUAGAUGUUGAGCAGCCUAUCAACCACGAAGGAGAGAAAAUUGUGGGAGAUGAAGACAUUGGUCUGGAUGUUGAGAAUCAGCCUAUCAACCAAGAAGGACAGAAAACUAUGGGAGAUGAAGACAUCGGUCUAAAUUUUGAGCAUCCUAUCAACCAAGAAGGAGAGAAAACUAUGGGAGAUGAAGACAUUGGUCUGGAUGUUGAGAAUCAGCCUCGGAUAGGCAUGAAGUUUAAUUCAGAGAAUGAGGCAUAUGAUUUCUACAAUAGCUAUGGAGCAAGGAUGGGUUUUAGUGUUAGGAGAAACUAUGCACAUAGGAGCAGAAAAGAUAAGACAAUCGUAACUUCGAGAAUGUUCGUUUGUAGUAAACAAGGAUAUCGGAAAAAAGACAACCGAUGUAUGGCUACAAAGAAACCUCGAGCAGAGACAAGAAUCGACUGUCCUGCACGCAUGGGAAUUGCGAUUAUGGAUAAUGGACAAUACCAAUGUCGUGAUUUUGUUGAAGAGCAUAAUCACCUUCUUCAUCUACCAGUUACCAUUCAUAUGAUGCGGUCACAACAGAAACUUUUAGAUGUACAUGCUUCAGAAAUUGAUUUGGCUGAUGAUUUUGGAAUUAAACCUAACGCCACAUUUGAGUACAUCGGAAGGCACGCAGGCAGGAGACAAAACCAUGGGCACGCCCAAGAAAAUGAUAAAAAUUAUCUCCGAACUAAACGUCAGCGUGCCUUAUCUUAUGGUGAAUCCGGGAGUUUGUUAUUGUACUUCAUCAAACAAACUAAGGUUAAUCCUUUUUUUACUUACUCAUUGCAGUUGGAUGAUGAAGAACAAAUAACAAAUAUAUUUUGGGCCGAUCCGAAGAUGAUAAUAGAUUAUGCACAGUUUGGUGAUGUUGUUACCUUUGAUACUACAUUUUGCAUCAGCAAAGAAUAUAGGCCCUUCAGUAUAUUUGCUGGAUUUAAUCAUCAUGGAGGAGUUGUCAUAUUUGGGGUUGCAUUGCUCUAUGAUUUGACAACUGAAUCUUUUAAAUGGUUGUUUGAGGCAUUCUUGGAAGCUCAUGGACAAAAGAAACCUAUAACCAUUUUUACUGAUCAAGAUGAUGCAAUGGAAAGGGCAAUAGCUGAGGUGUUUCCUAAAAUAUGGCAUGGAUUGUGUACUUGGCACAUUAUGCAAAAUGGCAUAAAGCAUCUAGGGAAUUUGAUGAAGGAUGGAACAAGUUUUUUGAAAGAUUUCAAAACUUGUAUGUUUCAUUAUGGAGGGGAAUUAGAAUUUGAAAAGGCAUGGGAAAAAUUGCGCAAUGAUUAUGAAAUUAAAAAUGGUUCAUGGUUAGAUCGUAUUUAUGGGCUAAAAGAGAAAUGGGCUAAGUGUUAUAUGAAGAAGAUCUUCACCAUAGGAAUGCAGAGUACACAGCUUAGUGAAAGUUUGAAUAGAGACUUGAAGGAUUACUUGAAAUCCAAUUUGGAUGUUGUGCAAUUUCUUGAGCAUUUCGAAAGAAUAGUGAAUGAGAAACGUGAUAAUGAGUUAAAGGCUGAGUUCGAUGCAAAAAAUAAGGUGCCAAGAAAUAUGUUUUACAAGUCCCCCGUAAUGAAACAAGCAGGAGAAGUUUACACUCCUUGGAUAUUUGAAGAAUUUCAAGCGGAGUAUAACUGGAUUGGAGCUUGCUACAUAAAAUUUCGGAAUGAAAGUAAUGCGUUGCUUGAGUAUGUAGUUGCUAUAUUUGAGCAAGAAGGGGAUUUUAAAGUCUUGUGUAACCCCUCUGAGGCUAUGAUUGAAUGUAGCUGCAGGAAAUUUGAGACAUUUGGCAUUUUAUGUUGUCAUGCUUUGAAAAUUCUAGAUGUGCUAGAUGUUAAGUUUAUUCCUAAAGCCUAUAUUUUGAGGAGAUGGACAUGGGCAGCAAGAAGUAUGCUGGUGGAAGAUAAUAAGGGAAAACAAGUUGAAGAAAAUGUUCAUUUGGAUUGUACACAAUGUUAUAGGCUUCUUUGCCCUAAACUAGUUAACAUAGCAUCACAAGCAUCUAAAUCAGCAGAAGGAUAUGCUUUGGUAAACAAAGUUGUUGAUGAGUUGUGUAAACAACUUGAAAAUAUUUACAUUGAUGCCCCACAUCUAGCUGUGUCAAGUGAGGGUCUUAGUGCAAAAAAGAUUGAAGAGUUGGGUGGAACAAAAAGGAAAGAGAAAGAUAAAAGUUCUUACAACUAAUUCUCAAGCUUCUCAAGAACUUCAAUCAAGGGCACCCUCCAAUUGAGUACAAUGGAAUCCUUUGGAUGGACCUCAAGAAAUGGAGAACAACUAUAGUUUUUUACUUCACUAUUAAUGGGAUCCUUUGAUUGUUCCCAGCCUCAACAAUUUUCCUCCCAAGCCUCAUCAUCUAUGGUGCAUCACACUUUAGCAGAGGAAAUGAUGGAAUGAGUCAACCAUCCUUGUGCCCUCUUCCUAAUGUUAUAGCUACCCUUAAUCAAAAUUUAAAUUGCUUUUCAUGAUUCGGAUCAUAUUUGUAUUUACUUAGAAACACAUUUGGAGUGAUAGGGAUGACAUGGAUCAUAUUUGCAUUUACUUCCCCCUGUAGUAAGACAUGUUUGAUAUGUGUGAGCUGAGAGAAUUUUCGUUUCCCACAUGUAGAAGUGGGUUUUAACCCCCAUCCAGCCCUCCAAACAAUGGUGAUUGAUCCAUUUUGCA